GGCGAUAGUUGGUAGUGGCGGGCGGCAGCUCGCUCGCUUCCCUGAACAGGCUGCUGCAUUGACUCGUUUCCAGGCCGGAGCUGUGAUGUCCUCGCCGCGGGUUCGCGUGUUCUCCUCGGCCCGAGAGCUGGGGCCGGCCCUGGGGCAGUUCGUGCUGGCGUCCGCGAACCAGGCGGUGCAGAGCCGCGGGCGCUUCGCCGUGUCGGUGUCGGGCGGCGGGCUGGUGCAGCUGCUGUCGGCUGAGCUGCCGUCCGCCCUGGACCGCGAGUCCCGGCAGCCGGGUGCCGACUGUAAACACUGGGUCCUCGGCUUCUGCGACGAGCGGCUCGUCCCUUUCGAGGACCCGGAGAGCACCUGUGGCCUGUACCGGAAGAAUCUGUUCUCCAAGAUCUCCAUUCCUAAUAAUCGCGUGGUCGCUAUUAACCCAUCGCUGCCUGUGGACGAAGCAGCGGACAAGUACGCGGAGAAAUUGAGAGAGAUGUUUCCAAGUGAUAAUAUACCAGUCUUUGAUUUGCUGAUCCUGGGAAUUGGUCCUGAUGGGCACACCUGCUCUCUCUUCCCAGAUCAUCCCCUGCUGCAGGAACAAAGUAAAAUCAUUGCUCCAAUUAGUGACUCUCCUAAGCCACCUCCGAAACGUAUAACUAUGACACUGCCCUUACUGAACGCUGCCCGCUGUGCUCUCUUUGUUGUGACUGGUGAGAGUAAGGCAUCAGUCUUAAAGGAUAUUCUGGAAAGCCACAAGGAAAAUCCAUUACCUGCUGCCCGGAUCCAGCCAGCCAAUGGGGAGGUGCACUGGUUUAUCGAUGAGGCUGCUGCAAGCAAGCUGACUAUUGAGGUGGACCGGACGCAUCAAUAGACACAUGCCCUUACUCUCUCAUUAUACAAGGACGUGGGUGAAUGUGUCAAGAUCUGUUAGGCUAAUUUUUAUUUAAUCAAUCGUAUUGGUAAUCAAUUUGAUUUGUCAUCCACAGACUUGGUAUCAAAGAAGAUGCUCUCUAGUAGGUAGGAUACUUGGCCCGAGAACUGUUGAUCAAUGCGUAGACAUGGCUGUUAAACUUCUAAACCAACAAAUCCAAAAAAGUAAAGGUGGGGGAAGAAACAGUGAAUUGGUUUAAAUUUGAAACUUUAUUGUCCACAUUCCGGGGUUUUGAUAUUUGUUUUUUUGGCAGUCAAUCUUAACUCUCUUCACCUGAAGUAUUUCCUUCAGUAGUUUAAGGGGUCCACUUUGUAUUUGGGUCCAAACAGACUAUCAGAUAUAUUGCCAGUAAUGAAGUAGUAAUUACAUAUAAUCCACACUAAUAUUUGAGGGUAUUGGUUUUACUAGUGUUUAGGGGAAUGGAACUGAUCUAAUAGAUUUAGAAAUGGAAAAUGUUACACAGUUGGUCUGACAUCAUUUGUGAAGAGAGAAAUAGACCAGAAAUUUUGUUCUCCCUUCACAGAUUCUACUUAACCUGCUGAGUACUCAUAGAUUUUGUUUUUGACAUUUCCAGAUGCUGCAGUAGUUUUGCUUUAGGUGGUCUCACAGUAAACCAUGAAUAUAUGUCAGCUUCCAUGUCCAACCUAAACUACUGUGAAUUUUAACAGAAUAUUUGUAAAUGUGCAUUAAACUAUUUGCUUUGGUUGUACAUAACCGAACUAUGA